CAUGUUUACGUUUUUAACAUGGAUGUUUGACAGAAAUGUUUGGCUUGAGCAAACUCUGCUCUAACAGGCAAUACAAAUGUAUUUUACUUUGACUAAAUAACCGGGAGUGUUGAGCGGCGAAAUGGAAUCCCCUCCUACCUUUGUAGAAGAGAUCGAGUUCCACGAACUGACAUUUCACGAGAUUGUUGGUAAAGGAGCAUUUGGGGUUGUGAGUAGAGCUAACUUCAGAGGGACUGAUGUUGCUGUCAAGAUAAUCGAAACAGAAUCUGAGAGAAAGGCCUUCAUUACUGAGCUAAAACAACUGUCCAGAGUCAGCCAUCCCAACAUCGUGAAACUGUAUGGAGCAUGUACCAAGUCACCAGUCUGUCUUGUUAUGGAGUAUGCAGAGGGCGGGUCUCUCUACAAUGUGCUACAUGGCUCAGGUCGCCAGCCCAGCUACACGAGUGCCCAUGCUAUGAGUUGGGCCGUACAGUGUGCCCGUGUAGCAUACUUACAUAACAUGAAGCCCAAGGCUCUAAUACACAGAGAUCUCAAACCACCAAAUCUCUUGUUGAUUAUGGGUGGCACUGUGCUGAAAAUAUGUGAUUUUGGCACAGCCUGUGAUAUCCAGACGCACAUGACCAACAACAAGGGAAGUGCGGCUUGGAUGGCGCCGGAGGUGUUUGAAGGGUGCAACUACAGUGAGAAGUGUGAUGUGUUCAGCUGGGGUAUCAUUCUGUGGGAGGUGAUCACGAGGCGGAAACCCUUUGAUGAGAUAGGAGGACCCGCAUUCAGGAUCAUGUGGGCUGUUCACAAUGGUAAAAGGCCACCUCCAAUAAGAAAUAUACCCAAACCAUUGGAUAUACUGAUGCAAAGAUGCUGGUCAGGGAACCCGACUGAGAGACCUUCCAUGACCGAGGUGGACCGAGUGAUGACCCACCUGUUUCAGUUUUUCCGAGGUGCUGAAGAACCAUUGUUAUAUCCCCAAGCCAGUGAUUCGGAUGAGGAGUUGUUUCCCAGCAGUGCACCUAUGACACCGCCAAUCACAUUCUCCAAUACGCCUCCCAGCACGGUGCACUCCCAUUCAGUGUCGCCCCCUACCAGCGAGUCGAGAGCAGUCACAAAUAGCGAUACUGUCAAGUUUGGUUCUGACCGCCCUGACCAUGUGCCUCUCUUCCUUCCAAGCAUGGCCAGACAUGCCCCCAUUGUUGUGGAGGAGGAGAGACACCGAGGCCAGCAGAGUGCACCCCCAUCCCUGGCUGCCAGUCGAGAAAGUCUCCAUGACCCCCGUGGGUCAAGGUCAGGGACACCUGUUGACCAUUACAAGCGGUAUUCAGCUGAUUUGAGCAAACUGGAUGAGUAUGACAUCUCAUCUCAACAGCGGAACCAGGCUACCAACCCACAGAGAGUGCUAGGUCACCGCCGAUCGGGGUCGCAUGGCACCCCUGCCAACUUCGCUACAGCUGGCAUCACCUUUAAUCAGACAAACCAAGCAGCACUAGGAAGGUUUGGUUCAUUUGAUGCACUCCUUCCUCCAGCUCGGCCUCCAAAACCUAGUUUCUUGCUCUCUCAAGGCCGAGGACACCGAAGAAUUGGAUCAGACGAGUACACUCACAUCACAGGGACAUCUAGCGCGUCCUCCACCCCCCGUACAGCCAGCCCUGCCCGCUUGCCGGCCACAGGGGUGACCCACUGCAGCACCUACCCUGGUCAGCUGAACCAGGUGGGGCAGAGCAUGUCGCCACCCACACGUUCCAUCUCGCACCAGCCGCCGCCCAGCUCGUCAUGGACAGCGACUGAAACGCCAGGGCAGAUGCCUACAUCAGGGGCUCCUGAUGUAAACAUCCCUGCCUCUGCUAUGAACAUGGUCUAUCUAUCUCUGGACCACCAGUUACAGCCCCUGGCUCCUUGUGUUGCUAACCCUGAUUCUAUGGCCAUGUAUGAAGACCACUGCAAGCUGGCUGAACAGUAUGUACAUGUGCAGGCUGAGAUCGCCCUCCUGAUCCAGAGAAAACAUGAGCUCAUCAAAGAGUUUGAGCAGGAUGAGAAGGAACAGCAGUCAGUGACACGGUCGAGGCUGGUGGAGGAGUUCACGCAACUGUCCUCAGAGAAUGAGAGUCUAAUGGCUGCUCACAGAGGUCUUAAGCAACAAGUGGAAGAAAUACGUCAAAAUCAAGCCCGAAGAUUUGUGCCUCCUACUUAACUGCUCUUAGACUCCGUAUGGAAUGAUCUUGUGUGUGCAUGUGCUAUACUGCAUGGAUGUGAGGAAACAGAGUAACUUGAAACGACUUGGUGGAUGAAUUGUGCAUGCUUUUGUACACAGUGUCAGUUGUUUGACAUUGAGAACUUCAGCUGUAACAGAAAGAUUUUGAAAGCUAUAGCUUAGCAUCAGUACUGCCACUGUGUAGAGCUAUCUGUGUGCAUGUUGUCACUGACAACAGCAUGACAGUAUGACUGUCUUAGGGACUGAUGACGAGCAAAGACAGUGGUCAAACCAAGGGCUCACUUGAUGUCAGUGACAAUUACAUAUAAAUAAUGCUGUCGAGUUUACCCUUCAUCCGAUUCUAAAGUGAUUUGUGUUCACUUAAACCUAUUGUGUCAAGACAUUUGAUAUUUCCUUACUGCAUAGCUCCUCCCGACCUGAUAUUAAAUCACCUGAAAUUAGACUUGCAAUGCAUACAAGAGAAUCUGAGAAUUCUUACUUUCAUCUGCAGCUGGUCGUUUAUGAUUGGGGUGAUGGGGUAGCCAAAUGGUUAAAGCGUCCGCUCGUCAUGCCGAAGACCCGGUUUGAUUCCCCACAUGGGUACAAUGUGUGAAGCCCAUUUCUGGUGCCCUCCGCUGUGAUAUUGCUGGAAUAUUGCUAAAAGCGGCGUAAAAUCAAACUCACUCACUGUUCAUGACCUUGGCAUCAGGCUUGUUGCUCACCUUCCUGUAAUUGUCGACACCUGCAUCAAUUUUUACGUUGUUUCAUUGUUGUAGAUUUUUGUAAGAAUAUAUAGAAAUAAGUCUUGAUUUUGCUCACAAAUAAUUGUCUCAAAACAUAUUGGCAAAUAUGACAAAUAAAACUCUUUGGCUGAAGUGUG